AGUUGUCUCCACACAGUUAAGGGUUCACCUUCGCGUUAUUCAUAACAGACCUCACAUGAAAUCAAAUUAAUUAACUGUCACAGACAUAAAUGGACGAGUAUGCUUAAAGCUGGCCUAGGCAGUGAUAUAAAAUACUGCCGAUAUGUCAGUAGUUAAUUACAUGCCAAAUAAGUUAUAAAAACUUCAUUAAAUGAACCAGCCCUACAUAGUUACGUUAAUCAGGCGUUUGAUACAGAUUCAAUCAGGUCUCAAGUUGUUCACAGUUGAAUAACCAUUGUACCUACCUUUUUUGACGUCGAGCGAGGAGAAUGACGAAAACUGACCAGGCAACAAAAUUUAUUUUGUUUUUGCUGUUAUUUUAUGUAGCUUUUGCACAGGAAAAGGACUGUAAAGAUGUAUUGGCUGUAUGUAAACACUUUCUACGUCUGAGAGAAGGACUUGGACUGACUAAGACACAAGCGUGCUCAGAAGUUUGGCCAAGACGGUAUUGCAAGGAGACAUGUGGGCUAUGCAAAAAGGUUACGAAAUGCGACAAUACUCAAUAUGGCUGUUGCUGGGACAACGUUACUCCUCGAAGCAAGACAGGAGAAUGUCCAGUGAUACUGGAAACGUGUCUUAAAUCUUAUCACCGAUGCGGUAAUUUACUUUGAGGCAUUCCAGUUUCCUGUUACGGACACGACAGAACACCGAUAAAAGUACGAGAAAUAACGAUGAUGAACAGAAUGCAAAAUCCACUCAAAAGAAAUACUUGGAAUAAACAGAAAAAAAUUGAAGUAAAAGUAUUUUUAAAAACGAUCGAAUUUUAUUCAAUGAGAGCUUGAUGAAAUAUGAUACUAUUGUUUUAAAGCAAACAUUGAUACACGUCUUAACGGGUCAUUUUGAUUAUCUUUUUUUAAUUUUAUUUUAAGUUCUUUACAUAUUUUACGAGCACAUUUUCUUCGAUUCUUAUCAGUCUUAUCUUUAAUGACAUUAAAACAUGCAUAAUGUAACGAAGGUAUAUUGUUUUUCUUGGCUUCGCGCUCCCUCAUCGAAUUGAUGGCUUUUCUCUUUCAGUUUCUCGCGAACUACGUUUUUAGUUGCGCAGCGCACUGAUUCUAAAAAAUAGCUUAAAGAUUCGGACAAACCUUGCAUUCUGUUUAACCGCUACGAGGAUUAUACGAACCGAUUUUAUUAUUUUUUCUUAAAGAUACAAUAAUAUCGCAUGCAAAUCAUGUGCUAAAUCUAGCUGUAUAUAUUUUUUCAAACACAGUAUGCAAAGACAUUUACAAGUCAUUUUGCCCUCGCUUCAAGUCAGUGUGUAGCAGAUGGGCAAGUACGAGGGAUGCUCUCGGUGCUCGUUUCAGAAGAUCCUGUCCAGUCACUUGUAACCGAUGUACAAAAGGUCAAACCCUCUUCAAGAGGAAAAAAUUUCGUUGUAAAGGUUCUAGAUUAUCUCGAGGACUAUAGUCAAGAUGCGUGACGUUCAAGUUCUAGAUUAUCAGUUUAUUCAGAGUUCAGUCAGUCAAUGAUUUCACAAUUCCACGYURCAGGAUUAAUUUCACGAGUUCAGGUUUUCACGAUUUCAGGUUUUCACGAUUUCAGGUUUUCACGAUUCGCUAGAAUGACAAUUGCAAAACCUUAUAUGAGAAUAUAUUCUGUCCAAGAAAAACGGAAUCAAUAUACUUACACAUAUGUGCUGUCCUGAAGAUAAAAUCAUUCGAAUUCCGUAUUCAUUUUUUAAGAACAACAACUUGUCUACUCUUCCCUAUAUCAACUCUGCCCCAUUCCCACGAGCUCCUUUUCUCUCUUCCACAGGGAACCCGCUUCUAUCAUGCAUAAGCUAUAACAUUCGUCUUCUUUAGAAACGUGGUUGUGCCUUAUUGGAUGGAUAUUAGAAGAUUUCCUAUUGAUGUGAGGUUAACGUGCGAGAAUGCGACUAUAGAUUCCACACUGACCAUAAUACCAAUCAAAGAGCAAGAAUUGUAAUAUUUGAUAAGCUAUCAUGUAGUAAUCCGUGAAUUACCGCUUAAAGUAAACUACAAAAUAUGAAAAGAAAAAAAAAGGAUUUUGCCAGUAGCAUAAUAUUGAGUGAUGUUUUGAGGUUAAAACACAAGAAAAUAUCUUUUAGUUAAGGACAUAUUAUUAGGUUUUGGUUGAGAAAAAACUUGGUCGAGCUGGCCUUACAUGCAGUGCAUAGAUAUUUCAAAGAAGACGUCUAAUUCGUCCCUGAAAAGAGCCCAGAAAAGCAUUGCAAUGUCAACUCGACCUCGUAAUGGCUUAUAAAACAGGGGCGAAGUGCGAAAUCCAAUAGCUUUGUGUUUUGACAAACGUCUUCUCUCUCUUCCUCUCUUGGGUACUAGUCCCAUUCGGUCGACGCUCAGCUAACACAAGAAGCCCAGUAUAGGAAGAGAGAAAAGAGACGGCUGCGGAGGAAGCUGGGUAAAGAGGUGUAUUUGUGUCGGACCAUGUAAAAGCUACGGUUUUUUUAAAUAAGAACAGAGAAAAUACUCGAU